UAAGUUGACGUCACUGUCAGUACGGUGGCUGCAGAGGUUUGACUUCCGGCGUGGUUCUUUGGGUGUUCUAAAACUUCACGAGAAAAUGACAUCGCUUAGACCGUUCACAUGCGAUGACUUGUUUCGAUUUAACAACAUCAACCUGGAUCCAUUAACUGAGACUUAUGGCAUUCCUUUUUACCUGCAGUAUUUGGCACACUGGCCUGAAUAUUUUAUUGUUGCAGAGGCACCAGGUGGAGAACUCAUGGGUUACAUAAUGGGAAAAGCCGAGGGUUCAGUAGCACGAGAGGAAUGGCAUGGACACGUCACUGCACUGUCUGUCGCACCAGAAUUCCGACGUCUCGGGUUAGCAGCUAAACUAAUGGAGUUACUAGAAGAAAUUUCUGAAAGAAAAGGAGGAUUUUUUGUUGAUCUGUUUGUGAGAGUCUCCAAUCAAGUUGCAGUGAACAUGUACAAGCAGCUGGGAUACAGUGUGUACCGAACUGUCAUAGAGUAUUACUCAGCCAGCAAUGGGGAACCGGAUGAAGAUGCAUAUGACAUGAGGAAAGCUCUGUCGAGAGACACUGAGAAGAAAUCUAUUGUACCUUUACCGCAUCCUGUGAGACCAGAAGACAUUGAAUAACCUUAGCUGUGGUUCUUAGGCAGAGUCAUAAAAAGACAAUUUCAUCUACAUAUUCUAUAAAGCAGCAACACCAGUCUGAGGCUUGCUAGGCCAUAUGCACAGUUCCUAGCGGAGAAGUUAAGUUCAGUAAAUGGUUAGAGACGCAUAAUUACUUUUCUGUUUAUUUAUAAAACACACCUAUUUAAUCUACUGCCUCUUACACUGUAAAGUCGGUUCUUAUUCAGGAAAGUUAUACCUGGCCAGUUACUUUUCCAAGGCAUAUUGCUGGCAGACACAAAUAUAAAUGUGACCAGAGCUGGCAGUGCAUGUCACCGACUGUAAUCCAUAUUUUUACAGACCAUUUACAGCUUGCUGCUGAGUUGUGUCCUAGGACUGGAGGGCCAUGCAUUUUAUAAGCUUCAUCUUUUAAAGUAAUACCGACAUGUAUCUAGGAUUGUAUUCUAUGUAGAAUUUUCCUGUAUAUUCCUUUUUAUUUCCUGUCUGAAAUUGCCAUUUUUACAGCCAUUUACAGCCUGUCCCUAACUUUUAGGGGCAUUUUUAUUAUUGUGUGUAAGGCAAUGUCACUGGUGAUGUUGCCCAUAGCAACCAAUCAGAUCUUUGCUUUUGUUUUCUAACUUCAAGGUGACAGGUCAAAUCUAAUUGCUGAUUGGUUGCCAUGAGCAACAUCACAAGUCAUGUAGAUUUAUGCCCAUUAGGGUAGUGUUAGUGUGACAUUUCCAUAUGGCUUGGAGAGUGGCAGCAUUCUCAUUCAGGUUAUUGUCAGCGCAGUAUACAGAAAAAUGUACAUAACAUUACUUUAUUUGCUAAAAUGCAAUAGUAAGAAUUUCAGAGAGCCUUUUUAUUUGGUGAUUAUGAAAUGUGUAUGUUCCUGCUGCACUAAGAACAAUUGAUAGAUGUAAUUAUGUACCUUUGCCUAAGAAUCCAGUGUAAAUGAUUCCUGUGAUGUGUAACUUCCAUGGAUGGCUGCACUGCAUUCUCUGUGAUGUCCUGCAGUUUUCAGGUGCUAACAAGGUAAUGACGCUGUAAAUGGCUGAUGGGGCAAAUGUAGGCAGAAUAAAAUGUGCUGCUGUUUGAGUUUA